AUGGUCAGAGACUACAGACAUGAUGCAGGAGAUGGUCAGAGACUGCAGACAUAAUACAGGAGCUGGUCAGAGACUGCAUACAUACUACAAGAGAUGGUCAGAGACUGCGGACAUACUACAAGUGAUGGUCAGAGACUGCAGACAUGAUACAGGAGAUGGUCAGAGACUGCAGACAUGAUACAGGAGAUGGUCAGAAAUUGCGGACAUGAUACAGGAGAUGGUCAGAGACUGCGGACAUGGUACAGGAGCCUGUCGGAGACUGCAGAUAUGAUACAGGAGAUAGUCACAGA